CAUGAUCAUUUAAGAGAUGUGUCUUUGUAUUUUGGUUGAGUUACAUGUUACCAUAACUGAUGUAUGUAUAUAUAUAAUAUAGGCAAAUUUUCGGGUGCACCCUUUGGUGUAUUUGGCUCUGGGAAGUAUUUUUGGCGAAUUUCUUUUUUAUGACUCUGAAUAUUGUAGUUAUUUACAACUUCCUGCAAAAUUUUCAGGAAAUUUAGAAUAAUUUAUAUUGCCGAAAAUAAUGUUCAAACAUGUUACCUUACACGCACAUAAAAAAAUUAGUCAUGCGUGCAACAAUUUGUUUUGAACUUAGUUUUCGGCACUCUAAAUUAUUCGGAAUUUUAUGAAAAUUUACAAGAUGUUCUAAAUAACUACUAUGUACACGGUCAUAGAAAAGAAAUUCAACGAAAAUACUUCCGAGCCAAGGGAGUGCACUGGUGUGCCCCAUUUCGGGGGUGCACAGGAGAAUUCCCUUAUAAUAUAGUCAUAUCUUACGAAGAUAUUUAUAUUUUAUAGUCAUAUCUUCUCUGUAGAAAGAACCUUUAGUCGUCAUCAUCACAGAUGAGUGCUGUUGUCGUUUUGUGGUGAAAAUUGAACAUUCUAGUUGUUCUUUGGGUGCCACUUACCGACUCUUUACAACUAAUUACAGGGAUAGAGUUUUGAUUGACUGGGGAAUCUAGUCUAGUAUCUCUUUAAUUCUAUGUAACAGUUUAACUUCUUUAGAGUGUAAUUAUAACAAUCUAAUGUUUCUUUCUUUCACCUUCCAUGACUUCCUCACUUUCUUUAAAACUGUUGCAGAAAUCUCAAAAGAGUCAAAGCCUGAAUUCUCUCUCUCUUUCUUUUUCUUCAUUGAAAAUGAUGAAAAAAAAAGUAUGGUAAACACCACUCACACACACACACUAGGGAAUUUAUGUGGCUCAUGCAAUGAAUGCUGUUACAUUUAAUGUUCUCUUUGCUCAAGUACUUUGACCCACCACCACCACCAGAGAGCUCAAUGAUCCUCAGCAGCAUUAUCUUCUCUGUAUUUGUUUUCCACCCCAUUUUGUCACAUUAUAGCCACCCAACAAAUCUCGCAUGGUUUUUUCUAACCAUACGAACCUUCCAAAACAAAGAGCUCAGAACUACGAACCCCAACCUUAACCCCAACUGUACACAGUUUCACGGUCCAAUCAGUGAACAGAGUGAUAGAGUUGUGCAGUAAAAGAGUUAAAGAUUCCACGUUAGAUGGAAACGCAAACGAGGACUUUGAGUGAGUUUUGGUUGGCGGUCCUUGUUGGACAAAUAACAACCGUCGGAUUCGUCUACAUCGAGAUUAGUAAAAUCCAAUUCCAAACCAGGUUGAUGCAAAUGCAAUGUAAUGUAAUGAUCAGGUGGCCACGUGUGAGGGAGCAACAUGGAGCUUUAACGUAUUGGAUUCCAUUAUUCAACAGAGAGUGACGUUGGGAUAUCAGAUCACUCAUCAGUGCAUGCGAGGGUAAAGGAAUGGGGGAUGAGAAAAGUGACAAAUUGCAUGAGAUUGGCGGUGGAAGAUAGGCAAGAGACCAAGGACCAGUGGCUGGUUAUUUUGCCCCAUAACUAUUUAUAGAAAAGCAGAGGAAAAUGAAUGAAUCUCAAGGCAAAUCACUACUGAGUUCCAGACCAAGUGGGGGGGGGGACUGAAUUUAGCUUUAAAGUCUCCCAAUCCACAUUGGCCAUUUGAGAUAUCACAAACCCUGAUCGUUUUAAAGCUUAGCUCUCUUACUCUGACAUAACUGAUGACUUGUAUUUAUUCCACACACACACAACAGCAUCUCUCUCUCUCUCUCUCUUUAUAAAUAUACAUAUAUCUAUAUUUAAUUAACCACUCACUUACAACUUUCUUAAAUGUGAAGGAGAAACAGAAGGGACCACUCUAUUAAUCACACUGAUCUUCAUUUAUAAGGUGGUAACAGAGUGUUUUGCCACUUACGAGAGAAGUGAUUAGAGAGCCAAGAAUAAGUGGUGAUUAGAGAGCCUCAGUGUAAUUAAUGCUUUUAAAAAAAAAAACGUUAGAAAUGGAAUUUAAAAAAACCGUGUAGAACUAGAACCCCUGAAAAAAAGAAAAUGCAAUUGUCAGAGAGAUAAGUGGGGAAACUAUACUCCAAUACGUCUAUGCAGCCUGUUGUGGAGUGAUUGGUGAGAAGUUUUUAUUCGGAUUGGAAAGUGAAACUUCUCUCUCUCUCUCUCUCUCUCUUUUUCUUAUCUUAUUUUUUUUUCUGUUUCCAACCCAAAAGCCCAUACAUCUUUCUAACUCGAAGCACUCUAUUUAAUAAUUAUACUUACUUGCCAAGACUUUCACAUUUUCCAACUCUUUUAGAAGGCUUCUGAACUACCCUUUUUUCUACUAGACUUUUAGAUCAGUUCAAACGCCAAAGUUCCAAGCCAAUCUACACCGUUCUACUCCUUUCUUUCCCAAUAUUCCCCCAAAAACUAUGGAUGACCAAGAGAAAGCAAUCCAAGUCGGAGCAAGCAAUGUAGAAGACACAUCAUCAAGAGUGUUCCCUUGUCUGUUCUGUUCAAGAAAGUUUUACAGUUCUCAAGCCUUAGGGGGACACCAAAAUGCCCACAAAAAGGAAAGAACAGCAGCUAGAAAGGCCAAAAGGGCAUCUGAAUACACUUCAUCACACCCCCAUCAAACCAUGGUUUUUGCUCCAAAUCAACACAUGGGCCUUCUUCAUCCUCCAAUGUAUAUAAAUUCUCAUGCCUCUAACUUCCGCUAUUUCCCUACUCCUACCACCACAACUCACCAAUUCUCUGAUCGGUUCGGGUCAAACGGAGCACCCAAGUUUGAAAACUUGGUUUACUAUGGUGGGAGUUAUGCUUCGCUCGAUAAUGGCUAUUCACAUGAAGAAGAUGAACAAAGCUUCUUGAAUUGGCAGAGAAGCAUAAGAUGUAAUGGCUUUGGUGGAGGUGGAUCGUCGUCUCAAUAUGGAUCUCCAGUGAUGAAUAUUAGUCAUAAUAUUGCCAAUUGUGACAAGGGUAAAGACCCAAAACUUGAUCUUUCUCUCCAUUUAUAGAAUGGUGGAUAUGGAUAUAGUAUAGCGUGGGUAGAAAGUUGAGAAUUUUGCCUUAUUUAGAGAGAUGAGUAUGAAUAAUAAGCAUUUUUAGUUUUGGUACAUUAAAUUGUUUUGUUUUGUUUUGUUUUCCGUUUUGAUGAUCAAUUGUCCUAUUGGAAAGGCAGAGUUUGUCAUUGAUUAAUGAUUGUUUUCAUGUUAUUACACACUAACUUCGACAUAGCUAAAUCUCUUCUUUUUGUUAGUAUGUUGAUUUCGAACCUAAUGUUAUUGAAAAUAUUAAAGAAAGUGGGAAAAUUAGAUUA